ACCGUCCGACUGCCGGCGCCCUACAAGAGCAUGUGCACGGACUACAGGGCGCUGGGCACUUUUCCUGAAUUCAAGGGCAUGCUGAACUAUGACAUUUGUAUGCAGAAGUGUGCCAUGGAGUUGGAAGUGAUCCACUGCGGUUGCGUCCAAGUUACGCACGAGUUCACGGCAAGUUACCCCGCUCCGACGUGCGAUUUCACCGCGUCAGGCAGCUGCUUCGCUGCGCUUACUGCAAAUGGGACGUACGCGAAGUGCAAGCGUACCUGCGGACUACCCUGCGAGCAGAUCCAUUACGACGUCCGCAUAACGGAGAUUUCGAAUGAACAGGGCCCGGCAAGAAACGCUCGGGAGAGUUUCACGCUGAAGCUGCGCUUCCGCUCAGACAUCGAGGAGCUGGUGCUCUAUCAGCCGACGCUUACAAGGAUCGAGUUUAUCGCUUACGCCGCUGGCUACCUGGGCAUAUGGCUCGGCUUGUCGGUGAUAACAUUUCUCUUGGACAUGCUGGGCAUGAUGAGAACACACACGAGAGCAAUCGAAAAAGCGUUCGGCGAUAUCUGGACGAAGAAAGACCUGCGCUUGCGGUUCAAGAACCGAGAGAGGUGGAAUGAUCGCGUAAUCGCCAUCCGCUAAGCACCGCAGUUUUCGCAUUUGCAAUAUGUCACUACAGAUCUGAAGCCCCACGAGAACACAAAUAUAUUGACCCGG